AUCACAUAUAGAGAGACCCUUUUCGGAAAAUUAGGCGUGGAGGCAGUGAUAGCUGGAUCGAGAAUCUCGUGAAACACAGCAAUAGCAUAUCACUUGUCUUCCCUUCAGCUCACAACCCCAAUUGAAUUGAAUUGAAUUCAGAAUCACUCGAUGACUCAAUCGAUGUCGCACAACCCACUCGAAUCUUCAUCACGCCACCACUCCAUCGACUCCUGCUUGUUGCACCUCCGCACCUGGAGACCCUUCCACCCCACAACCACCACCGCCGAUCACACACCUUACAGCAAACGCCCUUGCCUCUCCGAUCGCACCACCACCUCCUUCUCCCUCGACCUCUCCAAACUCACCCUCGCCGACGACAACAUCCGGAGCUACAACACCCCCGCCAAACACCGCCUCAUCGCGCGAAAGAGGCGCCGACGCGGCUCCAGAUCUGUCUCCGGCCGCAGCAGCGAUCGCAGCGGUACGCGCCGCUGCUGCUCCGUUGGUGCCUCCGCUGCUCACGGGACUUGCUCUGAUUUUCCGGUGGCGAUGGGGACGGACUCCAGCGGGGAGCUUUUUGGGAACGGGGAUGCGAAUUGGUCGUCGGAUGUGAGCGAGGCUAAGAACUCUGUGAGGGAAGUGGAGAAGGAGAAGGAGAAUGUGGGUGGUGUUGUUGGGUUUGGGGUGAGUGGGUGUUCUGAUGCUAAUGGCAAUAAUGGGAAUGAGUCUGGGUAUGGGAGUGAACCUGGGUAUCGUGGGGAUGCUGAGUUUGGAUAUGGAGGGGAUGAGUUUGAUGAAGAAGAAGAUGAUCCCAGAUUGUUGUUUUGGGGUGACCAGCUUGGAGCUGCAGAUUCUAAAAUGGAGAUGGUUGGGGAGAACACCUUGCUAGAUCAAAAAUCACAUCAUAGAUGUCGACGUAGGAAGCAUGAUUGUAGAAUGUUUGAUGCAUUGAGGUGACAGUCGCUGAAGUUUGUGACUGUGAUCAUGACAAGAUUGUAUCUUUCCUUCUUCAACAAGGAACUGGAGUUGCUUCUUUUGUGCAUGAAUCCCUGACAAAGUGGUUUUAGAGCAUCCAUGUGAUGCUUCUUACCGGCAUCCUGACCCAUUUGCCGAAUCUAUAUUCUUUGUAUUUUAGCAUGUAUCAUAUCAUAUAGGUUUGGGGAUCAUUCAGCUUCUGAAAAUUUUGGUCCAAAUAUUGAAGUGAUCUAAGGAUAAUGACGUGUGAUUGUUACAAGGACGUAAAACUAUUACGCUUUGUAUAUUAGUUUGAGAUGUUGUGCCCCAUUUAAUCUCAGUCAUACAAAUUUCUUAGAACACAGUUACAAAAAUCUCUAGUAAAUAGACCUUUCAUUA